UCUUCCGACCGGCGUGUAAUGUCACUGACUACAGAUUUUCACGUCGCUAAAAAGUUUAAAACCAACCGCGAGAAAGUCUUGUCACGCCUGUUCUGUGUGUAGCAGGAGCCGUACUUGGUGCAAAAGGAAAUGCCCGAAUACGGCGUGGCGAUGCCUGGAGACAGCUCCCGUCUGUCUCGCAGCAUCGAGUAGCGUUGGUAAAAAUUCGCUGCUGCUCUUUGAAUAACAUUUUUAUUCAAAGAGAAAAAAAAAAUAGCAUUCGAACUCUUGUUUGUUUUGCUUCGUCCUUCUCCACAUUAAGAUGAUUAUUGUACGCUACUAAUUGGCGCACCGGCGCGGUGAAUUGGUGUAGUCGAACCUUUUGCAAUUUGGUUUUACUGUAGGGUAGUCGUGUGAAUGUUUCAAAACACCCUUUUUUAAGUCUGUCUCUUCACACGUCUACUCCCUUGAUUUGCAACCGCAGUUCAGGAAAUCAAGAUGAUCUGUUUCUAGGGGCGAUAUCUCCCUAGCAGCGUGCGGAUUUUCUAUGGUUCUCGCAGAGUGCUCACAAAGUGCGCUUUGUUUUUACAGAACAGGACAGCUGUGCACCGGGGCGAUUCUGUUUUUUGACUUAUUUCCGCAUUGAGUCAUGCUGCAUCAUAACCUGUCUCGCUCGCAGUUUGACAGCGCAUUCCUGAACAUCAAAAAAGAAUUCAAAUCAUGAAUUGUGUGCGACACUCGUGACUCUGCACAGGAAGGCAGUAACGAUAAACUACUGCGUGGUCUAUAUGGACUACCGAAUAAUGUUUAUUCUGUUUUGUUUUGCUGCUAUCCUCAUCCAAAGUAGGUAUUUUAUUUUUUAUGCAUUUGUAAUCUUGCACUUCUCUGUGGUUGGACAUGCAACUCAUCUCGGCGAGCUGCUCGCUUUCAUGGUGCAGGCAUUUGAGGCAAAGCUACAACAAAGAAAAUCGCUUUCUUAUUUAAAGUCGCAUAUUUAAGACGGAACAAGUAAAGGUUUAUUCCGCGUUGAAAUUUACUUGUUCCUUUGCAGCCUACGCAUGCUGACGCUACCUACUUGAAUUUAUUAAUUUAAUUAAGAUUGUAGAUCGAUUUAUUUUCUCUAGAUUGUUUGGACACAAUCUAGAUUCUAUUAACCUGUUUUUUAUUAGCAGUCUGUAUUAAAGUAUGUUUACUUUGUUGCAGAAAGUACAGUAUGUCCAAUUUGUACUGCCUGCGCUGUUAUUCUAAGUUUCCGAUGUUCAAGCAGACGGCAUUAAAACAAGUCCGCGGCACUUUGCAAAACCGAUAGUUGACCUUUUAUAAUACGUUUUUUUAUUGUGGAUUGUUUCGGUUAAUUAAAGACUCUUCAGUUUAAAGUUCGCCACAGUUGUUUCGAGAGUCCAUGUUGUUCACACUUCAUCCGAGGCGCAACACAAGAUAUCCACUCUGGGAACUCCUAACGGAGAACUCCGUUAGACAACAUGAGGACAUUCUUCGAAGCGCUUAAGGUACAAAUGAGCAACUUGAGACAGCUCAGGAGCUGCAGGGAACCCUGGGAGGUUCGAUUUCAAUGCCUGCCCUUCUGGACGAGGACGAGCUCGCGGGAUUAAUAGAAUGGAAUUACAUAGGCAGGGAUGGACAAAAAGCCCCCAUUGUGACAUUGUACACUACUUCUCCAAACGAACCCUUGAUGUAUGGCAACUACAGCAAGCGCACGUCAGCCUUUCUGAACGGCUCCAUCAUACUCAGAAACCUGGAGAUGAGUGACGAAGGAAUUUAUGAAAGACUGACUACGGGUAAACGAAGCACCAGCGAAUACUUUCGGCUGAACAUGACAGGUCAUCUUCCUGGCCCUUCGUCAAUCUCAAACAAUAUUUCGGGGCAUUACUGUAAUAACACUGAUGAUCUGGUACGGAAAAAUCUCAUGUGUGAAACAUACAAGUGCCUCGAGCCCACUUACAAGUCCGGGAAUAAUUUCCAGGGCGGAGAAGCAGAAUUCAGUGAGAUCAAUAUACAUAUGGCCUGGAAAGUCGGCUUUCCUCUGUGUGCUGCGUUUUUGUUUGUUCUCCUCUCAUUUCUGUCCUGGGUUGCGCUGUAUUGCAGAUCUGAAUGGCAAAUUUUACAUGUUUUUCUUGCUACCACAGAUGUUGUGUCCCCGAUAUUAACUAUUAUUGGAGUAGGCUUCUGGAUAACUGAAGUAACUUCAGAUGGUUCUCUGGCUUGUCUCUCAGUUAUAUUGGCAGCAGUUGCUCUCAGCCUGCUGAUAAAUCUGAGACAUAUCAAAUCGGGGUCAAGUGCAUGGUGUUGCAAGCCACAUUAUUGCUAUAUCCUGAGGGUGUUACACUAUCUCUCCACAGCUUCUGGGUUUAUCUUUUUUCACUUGAACAAUGAAAAAUGCUGGAAAUCUCUGAAAGACAUUUACAUCUACUCCUGUGUGCUACCAAUGUCACUAUUCAUGCAUUUUCUCAUAAUCUGGAUCUUGAAAAGAGUUCAAAACCAAAGAGCUCCGAAGCCUGUGGCAGCUCUCCCUUUCGUACAUAAUGAGAAGAUGUUUUCUUCGCAAAGGGAAAUCGAGACGAGAAGAAGAGCCGGCUGCGGCGGACGAGGAGAACAACUAUGGAAGGCGUGAAAUCGACCGACUGCAGGAAGAUUCGAGUGACUCACAAGACCAGAAAACCACCCCAUUAUGAGUGUCCUGUGGUUCUUGCUGUGUUCGCUUUGUAAAAAUAAACGUCAAGCACACUGCUGCUGGUUACUGCUGG